AGAAAAGGGAGAAAGGUACAAAGGACCGAUAGCUUGUGCUCAUGCGCAUCUCCCUUGAGGUUUUUUUUUUCCCCACUUUGAAGGAUCAGGUCAAGAAGUCAAGGACCGGCAGCCCAAGCGCAUGCGUUUCGCGGUGACUGAUGCUAGAGCCAAAGCCAAACCAAAAUAAUGAGGGAAGCGCCUGCAUGUGCACAUGCGCACAUCCGGGUACAAGGGUGGUCUAGCGAGCAGUCUUGGAAUUCAGGCCUGAGGGCUCAAAUGCAUGAGCAUAUCCAUGACUGAUGCUGACCCUAAAAUAUAUCCAGGCGCGGAGGAAUGAUGUCAUAGGCGCCUACGCACUGUGUCUCCUGAUGUAAACAGCGGCUUCCAGGUGUCAGACAUGGGUAAAUCCUUUUCUCACUUGCCUUUGCAUUCAUGUAAAGACGAUGGUUAUGAUGGAAUGACAUCGUCUGAUAAUAUGAGGAAUGGCUUCAUUCAUUCCGAAAGCCAUAAUGAAGAUGGGAGGAAUGGAGAUGUUUCUCAGUUUCCAUAUGUGGAAUUCACCGGAAGAGACAGUGUCACUUGCCCUACAUGUCAGGGGACAGGCAGGAUCCCCCGAGGCCAGGAAAAUCAGCUUGUGGCAUUGAUUCCGUACAGCGAUCAGAGACUAAGGCCAAGAAGAACAAAGCUCUAUGUGAUGGCGUCUGUGUUUGUGUGUCUGCUCCUUUCUGGGCUGGCUGUUUUCUUCCUGUUUCCUCGCUCCAUUGACGUGAAAUAUGUCGGCGUUAAGUCAGCAUAUGUCAGUUUUGACGACGAAAAGAGGGUGAUCUACUUAAAUAUCACAAACACCCUGAAUAUAACAAACAACAACUAUUAUUCUGUGGAAGUCGCAAAUAUCACAGCACAAGUCCAGUUUUCAAAAACUGUUAUUGGAAAGGCACGAUUAAAUAAUAUCACCAACAUUGGACCACUAGAUAUGAAACAGAUUGAUUACACAGUUCCUACCACUAUAGCAGAUGAAAUGAGUUAUAUGUUUGAUUUCUGCAAGCUGAUCUCCAUCAAGGUGCACAACAUCGUGGUCAUGAUGCAAGUGACCGUGACAACUACCUACUUUGGGCACCCUGAGCAAACCUCCCAAGAGCGGUACCAGUAUGUCGACUGUGGAAGAAACACCACCUACCACCUGGGCCAGUCAGAGUAUCUGAACGUGCUGCAGCCACCCCAGUAGAUGCUCCACAGCCCUCCAGCGCUCGCUCGCAAAGACCCCCGCCUCACCUGCGCAGGCAGACCUCAAGUUCACUCUGUUGUCACAGGGGUACAGUUAAAAAUAUGUAGGCGUGCACUUGCUGAAACUUCUUCUCUCUUGUGGUGUUGUAUUUCCUAAUAAUAACCAACAUUUAACGUAGUGCGCUAGGACUCGCCAGGCGCUCUCCAUGUAUAUUAUUUCUGUGCUUUGGUCCCCAUGACAACUCUGUGUGAUGAUUAUUGCUGGAACUGUUCAUCCCCAUUUCACAAAGGAGGAAACAGUCUCAGAAACGUUCAGUGACCUUGCACAGGCACAGCUAAGAAGAAUGGGAAUGGUACUUAACCCAGACCCCUCCUGGCUUCUCGGAUCUCACUCUUUCUCUCUCUGAGACCCUGCCUGUUUCUACUAGAAACUUCCACGGGAAAGGUGAGGGUCGAGCUUGUUGCCUGGGAGUAGUGUUACGGGGACCUGUGUUUCUGAACGUUUUAAAAUUCAAGUAUCUCAUCACAAAUCCGUGUAAGACACGAUCCUGACAUUUAAAACAUUCUCAUCAGGGAACUGGGAGUCUGAGGUCUGUUGUCACAUGGAGGUAUCACUGAGGGCCCCAGUGGGGAUCAGAAAGGGACGGGACGGAUCAGCUGGUCUAACCUCCUACUCUGGGGGUCACCGACCUUAGGUCACCCAGGGAGCAGGUGACUGCUAAGGCAGGUCCUCGGGUUGCCAGGCCAGCUCACUUUCCCCUCCUGAACUGAGGUGUGAAAUUUUUUUUUUUUUUUGCUUUUCAUGUAUUGUGUUAAGCCGAUUGGUAGUUUGACAAAUUUGUAAGCCAAAAUAAUUUUUGCAAAAUUCUCAGUCUAAAGUUCUGUGUGGCCCCUAGGACAAAUAAUCAGGUUCAUCAGUGUCUAUUCCCAUUUUUUAGUUGAGAUUUUGCAGAAUUUGUGUGAUUUUAAGGCACCAACAGAAUCAAUAAUCCACUGUACCAAGCUGUAAAUAAUUGAGCUGGGCAUGACAUUUAUAUGGUUUCCUUAGAACUCCAGUCCGACUCUAUCAGUGAAGACCUAAGUCAGCUAAUUAUGAAGUUGGUUGUCAGACAAAGCCAGGACCUCUUGUUACACUGCCGUUGGGCACCUGUGAAAUGUGGACGACGUGCAAAAGAGAGGACACAAGCUCAGCUCUUCAACUUGUGUCAGUCAGACUUCGUGGGAAGGCCUUAGAAAACUCCUCGCUUCUACGUCCAUGUUUACCUCAAGGGCAUUUGGAGUCUGUUGUAUAACUGAAAAGAAGGUCACUGUGGUCAGCAUGCAUGAAGGAAUUCUGCAUGUUAUUAAACCAUUGGCAUCAGUCUUUGGUUUUAAAAAUAAUUAAGAAUCAAAUUAUGUCUUAGCUAA